CGCCCAAGUUCCAUCAUCAUCACCCAACCAACCCCCGGCGUCCCAGUAACAGCAACUUUCUCUCCCUGUCCCUCCCUCCCCACUCACGCCACAGCACAAAUACUUUCUAUUCUCUCCUCCUGCUUCCUCCCUCUUCCACACAUCCCACGAGCGAACUGUUCAACCACAAUACCAUCGAAAACAACCCACUCCCACGAUAUCCUCCCCCCCUCGCCUAAACAACAUCACCACCAUCAUCCCUUAGAAAUAGCCAUCCCACGAUGACGUUGUAUUACUCCCUUGUGUUUUUCCUCCUCGUGCUGGAGAUGUCCAUCUUCCUGCUCCUGGUGUUUCCGCUACCCUUCACCUGGCGCAAGAAGACUUUCGAGUUCAUUUCGAACAGCCCGUUGAUAGCGAAACUGCAAUACGGCAUGAAGAUCACUUUCAUUUUCAUCCUGAUCCUCUUUGUCGACUCCGUCAACCGUGUCUACCGCGUCCAACGCGAACUGUCCGAGCACGCGAAUGCCGGCCCUUACGGACAAGCUGGCGGUGACAGGAUGGAGGUCCAGGCUCGCAAGUUCUACUCUCAGCGCAACAUGUACCUCUGUGGCUUCACCCUCUUCCUUUCCCUGAUCCUGAACCGCACCUACACCUUCAUCCUCGACAUCCUGAGACUCGAGUCGACCGUUAAGGAGCUCCGUGCUACCACCAACGCUGGCAAGAGGGAUGGUACCACCGCUGAGGUCCUCGCUAAGAAGGAUAUGGAGAUUGCCAACAUCAAGAAGCAAGCCGAGGGUCUGGCUAGGGAGUACGAGGCGCUGUCGGACCGCUACAACGCGGCUGUGUCAACCGGCUCGCCGACUCCCAAGAAGGAGUUGUAAACGGGUCAUCGCACAUGUGACGGCCUUGUAUUACGAGACGUAGGAGAGGGGAUCGUGGAAGACUGAGAAGCGGGGGAGAACUUUGGGGAGAACUAGCAUGAUUGGUCUGGGUGGAGCCGGGUGUACUUUUCAUUUUGUAUGCGGUCAAUUUUAGUUGCAAUUGUGACCGUCCGGAUACUACAAUCUGUCAUAAUUCUCC